AAAGUCACCUGUUUCAUGCUACAUCACAUUGAGGAGCCGUGUUCCCUGGGGGCUCAUGCUGCUGUCAUUGUGCCUCCCACCUGGAUCAUUAAGGUGAAGAAACCUCAGAACUCACUAAAGACAUCAACUCGGCGAAAGAAGAGAACGUCUUUUAAAAGAAAAGCCAGCAAAAGAGGCAAUGAAGAUAACAAAGGUCGACCAUUUGUGAUAAAGCCUAUCUCUUCUCCACUCAUGAAGCCACUGCUUGUUUUUGUCAAUCCCAAAAGUGGAGGGAAUCAGGGUACCAAGGUUCUCCAAAUGUUUAUGUGGUAUUUGAACCCACGCCAGGUCUUUGAUCUCUCUCAGGAAGGGCCAAGAGAUGCGCUGGAGCUGUACAGAAAAGUGCCAAACCUGCGGAUCCUGGCCUGUGGUGGGGAUGGGACGGUGGGCUGGAUCCUCUCCAUCCUAGAUGAGCUGCAGCUCAGCCCCCCACCUCCUGUGGCUGUUCUUCCACUUGGCACUGGGAACGACCUUGCCCGCACCCUCAACUGGGGUGGGGGUUACACAGAUGAGCCAGUGUCCAAGAUCCUGUGCCAUGUAGAAGAUGGGACCAUUGUCCAGCUGGACCGCUGGAAUCUCCAGGUUGAGCGCAACCCUGAUUUGCCACAGGAUGAGCUGGAGGAUGGGUCACGUAAGCUUCCUCUCAGUGUUUUCAAUAAUUACUUCAGCCUUGGAUUUGAUGCACAUGUUACACUGGAGUUCCAUGAAUCUAGAGAAGCAAAUCCAGAGAAAUUCAACAGCCGAUUUAGAAACAAAAUGUUUUAUGCAGGGGCAGCCUUUACAGACUUUCUACAAAGAAGCUCAAGAGAUUUAUCCAAGCAUGUUAAAGUUGUGUGUGAUGGUACAGACCUGACUCCAAAGAUCCAGGAGCUGAAGUUCCAGUGUAUAGUGUUUUUAAACAUACCCAGGUAUUGUGCUGGCACAAUGCCCUGGGGAAACCCUGGAGAUCAUAGAGACUUCGAGCCUCAACGCCAUGAUGAUGGCUACAUAGAAGUCAUUGGCUUCACCAUGGCCUCACUGGCUGCUCUCCAGGUGGGUGGUCAUGGAGAAAGGUUACACCAGUGCCGUGAGGUGACACUUUUAACAUACAAGUCCAUCCCCAUGCAAGUGGAUGGGGAACCGUGCCGUUUGGCUCCCUCCCUCAUCCGGAUCUCCUUGAGGAACCAAGCCAACAUGGUGCAGAAGAGCAAGAGGAGAACAUCCAUGCCUUUGCUAAAUGAUCCUCAUUCCAUCCCAGAUCGCCUGCGGAUCCGAGUGAACAGGAUUAAUUUACAAGAAUAUGAGGGGCUACAUUAUGACAAGGAAAAACUCCGGGAAGCUUCAAUUCCUCUAGGAAUUAUAGUUGUGCGAGGAGAUUGUGACUUGGAGACCUGUCGUAUGUAUAUUGAUCGUCUACAAGAGGACCUACAGUCAGUACCUUCUACUACACAGAGAGUUCAUUACCAGGACCAAGAAAGCUCUUUCCCCAGAGUACUUUCUGUUCAGAGGCUAUCUCCUAGAUGGUGCUUCCUAGAUGCAACUUCUGCUGAUCGUUUUUACCGCAUUGACAGAUCUCAGGAACAUUUGCACUUUGUGACAGAAAUUUCGCAGGACGAGAUUUUUAUUUUGGACCCAGAGCUGGUAAUAUCACAGCAGGUGGGGACACCUCCAGGAAUGCCUGAUCUGGUAGUGGAGCAGGCCUCUGGAAUAUCAGAUCGGUGGAAUCCUGCAGUUCGAAAGAGGAUGCUGAGUGACAGUGGCCUGGGCAAGAUUUCCCCACACUACGAGGUACCUGACAAACAAAAGGACGCCAGCCAGACACAUAUGCUGCAGUCACCCGUCUCUUCAGAAGAUCAAGCACUUUUACAGGCAGUCAUAGCUGGUGAUCUGCUGAAGUUCAUAGAAUGCUGUAAAAAAGGAGCUAAUUUGUUAAUCCAAGGACCUGAUCAUUGCUCCUUGUUACAUCAUGCUGCCAAGACAGGACAGGGCGAGAUGGUGAAAUACAUCCUGGAGCAUGGUCCAUCUGAAUUACUGGACAUGACAGACAGCGAAACGGGUGAGACAGCAUUACACAAGGCAGCCUGCCAGCGUCACCGCGCCGUCUGCCAGCUCCUGGUGGAUGCGGGAGCCUCUCUGAGAAAGACGGACUCCAAGGGGAAGACUGCUCGUGACAGGGCUCAGCAGGCUGGUGAUCCAGAUCUGGCCUCUUACCUGGAGAGUCGACAAAACUACCAAAUGGUCCCCCAUGAGGAUCUGGAAACAGCAGUCUGAUGUCUGAAAACAUCAAAAAGGAUCCUUGGAAACUGAAAGGCUGCACCUGAGGCACUCGGGUAUCACGUGAGGAAGAAGCUGAUGGAAUCAACGUGUCUCUCACUCUCAUGGAAAAUACAUGAGGACAUGCCACCAGUUUCUCAGGGCUACUGAGUCUUGCCAUGGAACCGUUAGGUUCCAUAAGUUAGCCCAUGAUGGAUGAGGCGGGACAUUUAAAGGUCUGUGGAAUCCAUGGGCCACGG